GUGAGAGUUAAUUUGACACCCCAUCAUUUGAAGAUACGAAACAAGCUCGUAACAUAGCGACGAUGGUGGGGUGCAAAAUUUCCAAGAUUAGCACCGACAGAGCCAUAUUCCGACGAACUAGGCUCCGUCCGCUUGUCCUCCAACAGAUAGCCGCGAUGAGGACGUGGCGGCUUCCCGCCCGCUCCCCAAAGGACAACUCAUACAAAAAGAGCCUCCUUUUGGAAGAAAAGACUUUGGAAAGCAAUAGCGUUGUCGUGGCCACCGUCAUCGGCAACACCUACGGCCUUAAAGUCUCCACCAAACCCAAACUCCAUCCGCAACUUGAAGAUGGACACGACGACGAUCAAUGCAGAAUGAUCGCUCGGGGAUCGCCUAGUUUUCGAAUUUUUUUCGAGGAUGCUGCACGAGAUGCCCAUCUACAGCAAUUUGGUCAAGACGAGUGUUCAAAAGAGACAUAUUCCAAGAAAGAGGAGGAGGGAAGUGUCCAAAAGAAAGCGAAGAGAGACAGAAAUAUGAAGAGACACAUUAAAAAUGUGAUAUUGAGAAAGAGAUUUGUGAAAAAUCUAAACAUGAAAGGCCGUACAUAUAAUCACCCAUCUCAAUGAUAAUUAUAAUUACAUUAGGCCUUGAAAUUUUCCUAUUCCACCUUUUUUUUUUCUCUAUUACUAUGUAUAUACACUGUACAAUUUUAUUAAGCUCUUUACUAUGUAAGUGUGUACUAUGUUGGAUAGGGGAAAUUCUCUUCAAAAAUUAAUAUUCA